CACGUGACCGUGUCGGUUUCCUGUUUACUACUCGCUGCUGUUCCAUGUCUGCUACUCGGAUUGCAACACCUCGGAUUUAACUACAGGAGUCCCAAAUUACUCUGCUGCUGUGUUUUUCGCACGAGUGACAACUUUGCCAUGGUUAAGAGUCUUGAAUAGCCUACGUCAUUUAGUUUUUCAUUGAAAAAUGAAGACGUGACAUUAAAGAACGUGACUAGGCCGGGAGUCCACUGUAUUUCCUAAGAGACUAUGAAACUGAUCUGUGGACGAGGAGAAGCGUCGUGCUGCAGGAAAGCCGCUGUCUUCUGCUGUGAAGGGACAGAUCUGACCGCCUGCUAGCUUUGCUUUUGCCGGACUGUUGUUGUAAAGAGAGCCUAUGUAAGACUUUAGCUCGUUAGCUAGAUUGUGUUGUCUGGUGUUUUUGCGAUUGCUCCCUGUCACCGAGAGUGAGGAGUUAACUAGCUCGCUCGGCUAGUUAACAGACCAGUAGCGUAGAGGAGGGUUCAGCUCGCCGGUACCCUGAACUCUCGACGUCUCCCCGGCCCCCUGAAGCGGGCGGUGAGGAAGAAGCUGGCCGGGAAGGGAUGGCCUGGAGGCGGCUCCCGGCCUCACGGAGCGGCGCUGUUUGACGGAGGUCGAGUUCGCAUCGAGCACGAGUCGACGGGCCGCGGGGCGAUGAUGGCCACCGGCAGCCUGAGUGCUUCUGGGUCAACGUCGCGGAAAAGCGAGGACAUAGCAGAUCUGAUUGACCUGUUUUCCAAGACUCAGUACAGAGCGAAGGAGGUUACUCCACGGGUGGAGAGAAUAGAGACGCGAUGUCUGGAACUGUUCGGCCGUGACUACAAGUACUGUGUGAUCCAGAACAGCAAUGGCGAGGUGUGCGGCCACUACCCUCGCCAAAUUGUUUACUUGGAGUAUGAAUGCACUGAGGCCAAUAAAGAAAGUUUUGAAAGUACAGUGCAGAUCAACAAGUUGCAGGAUCUGGUCAACCGCAGUAAGAUGGCCCGCUGUAGGGGGAGAUUUGUCUGUCCAGUCAUCCUCUACAAUGGCAAGCAUGUGUGCCGGUCAUCCACGCUGGCAGGCUGGGGCGAAUUAUAUGGACGCACUGGCUACAACUACAUCUUCUCAGGGGGCUCUGAUGACACAUGGGCAGAAUCCGAAGAAGUCCCAGAGGAUGAUUCUGCUGUCCGGAAUGGAGACUCACAGCUGUUUGAUAAAGUGAGGGGUUCAGACAUUAAGCUCCUGAAGUACCUGUCUGUACGCUACAUCUGUGACCUCAUGGUGGAGAAUAAGAAGGUCAAGUUUGGCCUCAAUGUCACCUCCUCUGAGAAGGUGGACAAGGCCCAGCGUUAUGCAGACUUCACCUUGCUCUCUGUGCCUUACCCAGGGUGUGAGUUCUUUAAGGACUACAAAGAAAGAGACUAUACAGCAGAGGGGCUUGUCUUUAACUGGAAUCAGGACUUUGUGGAUGCUCCCUUGACAAUCCCUGCAUGCUUUACGAAGAACCUGAACAUUGACUGGAGUGAAUAUCAGUCAUGGGAUCUGGUACAACAGACACAGAAUUAUCUGAAGCUGCUUCUGCACAUCAUCAACAGUGAUGAUGAAAGUGGUUUGUUGGUGCAUUGUAUAUCAGGGUGGGACAGAACUCCACUCUUUGUGUCACUCCUCAGACUCUCACUGUGGGCUGAUGGUGCUGUUCAUGCAAGCCUGGAGCCAGCUGAGAUACUGUAUCUGACCAUCGCUUAUGACUGGUUUCUCUUUGGUCACAUGCUGCCUGAUCGUCUCUCUAAAGGAGAGGAAAUUUUCUUUUUUUGCUUCAAUUUUUUGAAGCACAUUGUGUCUGAGAAUUUCUCAGUCAUUAGGAAGCCGAGGAGGAAAAACUCUCACUUCAAAGACACUGAUUUCACAGUGGAUGACCUCUGCCAGUUACAGUCCAGAGACAGGGGUAGUAUGACCAGUUUGAGUAGUGAUUUCUCUUUAAUCACUGAGGAUACAGCUGCUCCCUCCAGUCUGUCUGCUGAGCCUGUGGACCUGAUCUCUAGCGGAAGAAAAGCUAUGACCUCGUCUCCUCAGACCGUGCUUUGGAACCGCUCGGUCCCAAUUGAGGAGCGACUACCUCAUCCACUUACAGAGGGCAGAUCCUCAAGCUCCUCAUCCUCCAACCAAUCAGAGCAGGGCUAUAUCCGUACAGGGAGCAGCCCGUUGGCUGUGCCGGGGAGAAGGUCCAUGGUGGAGUGUGCUCGUUCGGGCUCUUCUAUCUCUACAGAGUAUGGUAGCUGGCAGAUUGUCUCAGGCUGUGGAAGCAUCCACGAUGCAGCUCCUCUCCCUUUGGAGUCACCCCUUCCCUUCAGCUUCCAAGAUGAGGGGCCCAGCGGCCGCAUGUGUACGUUUGGAUCCGAGAGGCAGGCUCGGCUGGAAGCAGUAAGGGAGUUGUUCCUGGCGGCUUACAGCUCCACAGUGGGACUGAAAUCGUCCUUUCCAAGUCCAUCUGGAGCCAUCUCUGGUCUACUGGAGCAGUUUGCUCGUGGUGUUGGCCUUCGAGGCACCAACACAAUUGUUUGAACUCAACUUCCCCUUCUGUUCUGUCCUCUUUCCCUCGGUUAUUUCCGACUCUCCAUCUUGUGCUUAGUAGCAAUGAAUCACCAAGAGAAUGUUUCCUAUUCUUACCGGUCUCCUUAGUCUGACAAUUUACAUCAUUUUCAUAUCUGAGCCCUCCGUUUGAUGUGACUUAUCAUCUAGCAAUCCAAGUUUCAGUUACUCCAUAUAUAUAUAUCUAAAAUAGUUCCUCUAAAAUCAGAAGCACCAUAUUGCUCCUGAGUCUCAUUACACUAGGUUUUCCAAGUAGAUCUGUAAAAUUCAACCCAUCUCUGGUUUUUUUUUUUUUUUUUUUUUUCUUCCUGUUCAUUUUUCAUUGCCCCAUGUUUUCCUACACUCUGUGCACACCAUUCCAAGUGCCAAACUUAAACCUUGGGGCUACGUUUUAUUUCUUUGUUUGUUUUUAAUUGUUUUUACACACUGAAUUUGACUGUCGACUCUAGUGAAUUUCCACGUUUCUUUCUUUCUUUCUUUCUUUCUUUCUUUUUUUUUAAUUUGUCCCUCAUAGUUUCUACUUUUAUGUAUAUUACAUUUAUAGUGAAUAGCAUGAUGAAAUGAGAGCCUGAACACAACAAAGGGAAACGGCGUCUUUGAACUCUUGCUAUUGCUGUAGCUGUAUUGCUGCUACAAGGGUAUGCAGUAAUGAAAAAAUUCUUAAAAUAUAAUUUCUAAAUGGACCUCAAAGGCUGUGCUUCUUUUGGGGCAUCCAACCUAUGAACAUAUUUUGUAAAUUGUCUUUGAGUUUAAUGCUUAUUUAUGAUGUCUUAAGAUUUACUUAAACACUUGGAUACAUAAAGCAUUAUGAUGUGUAAGUAAUAAGUAAAAACUGCAGCAUGUAUGAAUCUGGGAGAAAGAGUUGGCUGUUUUUCUUCCAGGAGAUAAAGGUUUCGGCAUUAAUAUAGCAGUAUAGUUUCCAGAUUUAUUCAUUAAGCUAUUUUAACAGCACAGUUUGUCUCAUUUUUUUAUGUAAAAUGAUGCCCUUACUUCUGGCUCUGUAACGGUGUGUGUGUGUUCGGUUACACUUCAGCCGGAGGCCCACUGUAUAGCCUUAUAAGUUUUGGUGCAUCUGUCAAAAUAAUUUAUAACAUUGUUUGUGAAUUCAGAACUACUACUGCUUAUAAUCAAACCAUUCACAAUUUAUUGAAUCUUCAAAUCCAUUUGCAGUGAAAUGAUUAGAGUGAACGAAUGUUUGCUUUCAUUUCCAUCUGUUAUACCUCUUGGCUAUGUUGUGGCUGUUCCAGGCAGUGAAGUGUAAUCACCACACCUUACCUACAAUGUCUUGAGUUUCAGCUACUGAAGCUGUUCAAACAAGAGAUUUUGAAUAUGUAAAGUGUUGCUUGGUGGUGACUGGUUACAUGCUGAAUAUGAAAUUAAGGCAGCACUUAAAAAUUAGCAUCUAACACUAGGGAUUUAUGUUCUUAAUGCCAAAUGGUUUUGAUGGCCUUUUUACCUCAGGACCACCAUGUUGUUGUGCCUUUCUUUCUGUUAAUAUUGGGGUCAGUUUUAGAUUAUUUCUACCUGGAAAUUGUGGUGUGGAUCUUUUUGAUUUUAAAACAUUAUUUUUAUUUUCUCAGAGUCUUCAGUCUUCUAUAUAUUUAAAUACAUUUCCAGAUGGGCAUGUUGCAAACCUGGCAAUGGUUUUUGGUUUUUAAGACAUAUGCGCCCCCCCACCCCAUGUUAUUCAGGCAGACUUUAUCUAAAUCACACAGACCUUUGGAAUUAUCAACGUAAGCGCUUUAGUGUAACUGAUCAAUAUGGAUUUGUUUUGUUUUGUUUGCCCAAAGUGGUCCAUUCAAAUCAUAUGAAACUGUUGUUCAUAGAUUCCACAUAAACAUUUGUCAAGAUCACUAAAAUAGACAUCUGCCAUUGAAACGACUAUAGCAAUAGCAGUCAAGCACCUUGCAUGUUUUGUUUUGUUUUUAUUACUGAUUAUUUUUUCCUCCACAUGAUCCAGAAUUCUCAGAUUUUUUUUUCACAUGAAAAUCCCAGUGGGUUAAAUGUUUCAAUUUGGAAAUUUAACUUUCAAUGAUUUUGUCUUUUCUUUGACCACGUUUUAAUGAAAUUUUCAUUUGCACUCAUUCUGCCCUAUUUAGAGAGAAUGGUGCAUUCUUUGUCUUUGUACAGUGUUUUUGUUUGUUUUAAUUAUAUUGAUUCCUGAAUAUCUCAUUACAGUGGCCGAGGAGAUAUGGGACAGAUGCUCUUCCAGUGAAAAUAAAAGAAAAACAAUUAAAAAAAAA